UAUUGUUGACCUUUGUGGUUUUUAGGAACACAAAAAGUGUUCGAUCACGGUGUAUGUUGAGGCGAAAAUCAAAUUUUGACGCUUCUCCGUAGGAUUUUUAAAAUCUGGUGUAUAAAAUUGAAGAUUUAGGGACAUGAUUAUAUUUAUUUGUGUAUGAGCAAUGAUAGAAGGUGAAAUGGCUGAGGAUACCAGUAUUAUUCAAUCGAUAAUCAACGACUUAAAGGUCCGUAUGUUAUAUCAGUCAACUUUGGACCGCCUUUUGUUUAGGGUUCGCGUGCUAGCUGUUAGCAGUAUAACAGACUUUUUGUAUAUUUAUUAGGGGAGUUCACCGCUUUGGGAGGACUUUGUUUCGAAAGGUUUAAAACUCCAUGCUUCGUUAAGGUAGGGGAAGAGAUUAUAUAACUUUUUGUUGUGAUUUUAUGAGGCAUUACUGUAUAUCAUUGACUGAUACAUCAUACAGUAUUACAUGUAAAUUAACACUACUAUAUAUGUAUAUAUAUAGUGUCAUUCUUUAUCGUUCUUUGUAUAUAGAUCAACUGCAGCUACCUUAGAGGCGUUCUUAGAUUCCAUGUUGAAAAUAGCAGAUGCGGCCACCUCAUCUAAAGGUAGGCUAGUCAAAUAAAACGGAAAUUAUCGCCAAUAUUUGAGAAGUAUUAGGAAACUGCGGUAUUUUUGUGGGAACAAUCGUUUCCGUUUCAUAACCGGUCUGCUGUGUUUUUGGCUUUUUGACUUGUAUAAAUAUUGUUCGUUCGUGUGUAUCUGAUAAGAACGAGGAUAAGAAUAGAAAUAUGCUUAUGUCGAGCUAAUUGUCGUCCUUCUUUGAGGCAAAAAUACGUGGGGUAAAUGAUUGAAGUGGUUCGUUUAGUGUUGGUCUUUGACUUUUUGACAUUAUAAAUAUUAAAUCAGCUCAUAGCAGACACCAUGCGUCAUGGCGCAUGUGUUGUGUAUAUCGCUUUCUUUAUCAAAAUCCACAAAGCAGCUCGUGUAAACUAGCGUACUUGACAGAUGAGUGAUUCCUUCUUUUAGUACGUACCCUCUGGGCAAAUAUCGAGUAUAAUCUCUUCGCAAAGCGCCACGCAAAUAUUUCAAUGUAACUCAUAAUAGUUUCAUGAAAUAUAUUAGUUGUAUUGGGCCAUUAGGAUUAACGGGUAUUUGCUAAAAAACUGUUAGCCAUAUUUUGAUUUACAGCAAAGACGUGCAUUAGCAUGCAUCUCAUUUGUACGCGUUUCUUUCAUAUUCAAAAUCGGCGCCAUGCAUGCAAGCGCGGUGACUUUUCACAAGCUUUUUAUGCGCGCCGCAAAAAGUUAAUUUUGCAGUUGUCAUGUGUAUUUUGCGAUAAAAUUGCCAGGCAAAUCGGCAAUAUAUCACUUUACAUCGCCGCAUCUGUCAACGGGCAGGCUGGCGCAAAAAAUCUGGUUUUAGAUCUAUAUUGUUAACUUUUCAUAGACCUAUAUAAACCACAAACGAUGCUUCAUAAUACAUAGUUGGAACUGUUAACACAAAGGCAUAGCAGAAUUCAUUACGAAUUUUAGCAUAGAAAUCGAUCUUCUGCAAGCGCCUAAAACUUCAAAACAAUAGCAGACUAAUUCAUUGGCUAUUGUCUAGCAAUACCAACAACUGCGCGACAAAAUUGAAACAAAAUUGUUUUAGCAGAAUAUUUGCUUUUCAAAGGGCGAAGACAAAAUGCAGUGCGUUCGUGGUUAUCGUUCGUGAAAUCUUGCAUACUAAUUAGUAGACCAUUUAGCUACAUUUACAAAAUAAUUUUCGAGACAUUUCAAGACGAGUGUUAUGUUUCAAGAUUGCUUUUGUUCAGCAUGAUAUGUCGGUCUGACAAAAGUAUUAGCUUUGCAAGAUAAUUUGUACAUAAAGUACAAAAGCAGCUUCAAUUUGCAAAGCUUAUAACAUGCUAAAUGAUUCAUAAAUGUAACAAUGACGAUGUGAAUUAUUUAUCCUUAAAUUGCCGCCGGUUCUGGGCAGUUUACAUUAAGAACAUAUUGUCAAAAUAUGUCAACAAUAUUUGGAAUUAUUCUCCUGAAGGUUUUGGCAAACCAUAGUCAGCGGCAUGGGUUAUUAUUUUAAACUUUUAUCUAGUUUAUUUAAGGUGUUUGGUUUCGUUGAAAUGUGACUAGCUUUAUUUAUGAUUGAUGCCUUAUUGAUGAUGGUUGAAUAUAGAAAAAUAUGUAAGACACAUGUUAUCGUGAUUGGACAUCUUUUUUAUUAAAUUAGCGCUUCCUGACUUUAGAUAAAACAUUGUCUUGUUGUAUAAUUUGAUUGAAACUGUCUGUGUUGAUUAUAAAGUUUAUUUCUGAUGGUUUUGUUUUUGUAAUACCAUAAUUGUUUUGGAAAAUACACCAGGCAUAUGGUAUGACAAUUUGUUAAAUUUGAUAUGAUCAUUAUUUUUAUUGGCUUAAGUUUAUUGUUAGACAUAACUAUUCAUUAUUUGACAGCAUGCAUACUAAGACAUAUUUAAUUAAUAUACAGUUUUGGGAGAACAGUGGAAAGUUACCGCAUUACUGUUGGCAGUCAGUAUAAAGUAACCCUGUUUUACACUGUUAAUAGUUUUGGUUAAGAUGUAAUAGUACAUGUGGAAUAGUUAGAUGUAAUUUGGUCACAUCUUUCCUGCUCUAAAGAGAACAAUAGCAGGAAACAAUACAUACAUCCUAUGCACACACUGUCUGCACAUUCAUUACUGUAGCAGGUGUUAAUACGCAGGCAAGCCAAGCAGGGUCAUUUAGGGGCAGGGUCAUUUAGGGGCAGGGUUUUAACUUUUAAUGAUCACAAGUUUUAAUACUGGAAUGUUUUGUUUCAUAUACUGAAGACUAGUCUUUCUUGAAAAAAAUCAUCUCGCCACUGAUAGAUAACUGCUAACUUUAUUUUUAUAUUAGAAAUUACUCUUAACAAAAGUGGUAUUGGUUGGUAUUCCAACUUGGUUGGUAUUCCAACGUGACUAUACACAUGACACUCUGCCUUUAACUUAAUCUGAUUUCUUCUUAUUUCCGGAUGGAAAAUCCUGUCUUUGUUAUUUCUAGGAAUAAUCCCUUUGCCUUAAUAGCUUAACCCUCUUGUCAAGUGUUUUUAUUUAAUAACUUAAUAGUCUUUUAAGGUGUAUUAAGUUACUCCAUCUUGGAAGGCUUAGGCACCGACCAGAGAGAAGUCACGGGGGGGGGGGGCGGGGACAAAAGAAAAUUUGCACAAGGAAAAAGGGAAAAAAUCAUGCCAAGAAUGUUCCACCAGAAACCACCACUCCCUCCCCAUCACUUUUCUAAUGGUCUGCCUCUUAGCCAUGCAGGGCUUGUAACUGGGGAUGCCAGGGCUUGUGAACUGGGGAUGCCAGGGCUUGUGACGCAUGGGGACACCAGGGCUUGUGACUGGGGAAGCCAGGGCUUGUAACUGGGGAUGCCAGGGCUUGUGACUGGGGAAGGGCAUAUGAAGGUCUCUUUAGUCCUUUUCUGAUUACUCUAUUAGCUUUCAGACUGGCUGGACAACCAGAAUACAUUUAAAACAAAUAAUGCCCAUUAAAGUAACUUUAAAGCAAAUGUAGAUAAAGUCAACCUCAAAGUAUGUAGAUAAAGUCAAUCUCAAAGUAUAUAGAUAAAGUCAAUGUCAGCCAUUGCCUAGGGUACAAAUGCCUAGCUAGCAUCCUCCUACCCAACGCAUCUCAAUUCACCAUUACUGUGCUGUCAUGCACUAGAAUAGUUGAGUUGACUGGAUUGUUCUAUUUUUGGACAUACAGGAGCUUCCAAGGAUGUAGGUGCCACAUUAACAAAGAUGGUUAUACGACACCGCAGUAUUGAACAGAAGCUUCGAGUUCUUUCUGGGUAUGGUAUUACAGACCAAUGUAAUAAAGACUAGUGUAGUACAGUUAUGGUUCAGUUCAUUUGCAGUGUUAUCAUGCAGAUGGUAGUGAACCUGCAGUUAUCUGAGAGAAAAGAUAAUGUUAAUUAUUUUUAUUAUGUGUAGUAAAAAAAGAAUUGAGGGAUGUAGGUUAAUUUUCUCCCAUCAGUGUCAAGCUAAAACCAAACUAUAUUUCUUCACCAUUGUGACAGAAUGGUUCACUG